AUGAGACUACAGAUGCUUCACAGGAACCUUUUGCAGCCUGCUGUGCUGUGCUGCAUCCUGGCUGUUGGGGUGCACAGCUGUCCGCAGUCCUGCAAGAAGUGUUCAGGCCCAGAAAAUGACCAGUGUGAGGAAUGCAGAGCAGGAUGGACGCUCCAUAAUAACACAUGUGUAGGUACUGUAUACAGAGAUUUGUGUAUGAGUCAGAUCCUCGUAGAGUGUUAAUGAAUGAGACAAUGUAAAAAGAGACUGACGGCAAGUGUGAAACUCUUGAUCUGUUUUAGAUGUAGAUGAAUGUGACACAGAGCGAGGUGUUUGUCCUGCAAACAGCUACUGCUUCAACACAGAGGGUUCCUUCAAGUGCAGAGGUCAGUGCUUUUGACCUUAACAAUUAAAGUGUUAUUUAAAUUAAUGUUUUGAGUUUUCCACACAGUUUUUCACCAGUUUACUUCAUAAAAAAGACUAUUUUGACAUUGUGAUGCAUGCUAUUUUGUCUCUAAAGUGACGAUUCUAAAUUUCUUCGCCACUUUUAAAAAAGGUUUUUGUUGCAUUAGGGUUAAUCGAUAAAAGAAAUCUCCACUCUUUCAUCAGACUGUGACUCUGCAUGUGCAGGCUGUAUGGGCAGUGGGCCAGCACGCUGCAGGAAAUGUUCAGCUGGGUACAAACUUUCUGGAUCCAAGUGUGUAGGUAACAGGAGUGUUUCCUUUUUUUUAAAUAAUCUCCCAGUUUUUGUAUUUUUCUGUUGUGCAAACGUUGUGUCUUUCUUCUCUCAGACAUAGAUGAAUGUAGUGACAGGGUGCUGGCCUGUCACGAUCUGGAUGAAAUCUGCACCAACACCGUGGGCUCCUUCUACUGUGAGUGUGCUAAAGGAUUCAUCCGCAAAGACGGUGCAUGUUUGAAGAAGCAGCAGCCUAGUGAGUCUUAUACACCACACACUUCAAGAUGUUUGCACCCACAAACACAUGUGCCUCCGUCAGUCUCUUUGGACUUGUCCUCCUCUCUGCGUAGGUGUUCAGGUGAAAGGUCUGUUUGAGGACAUCCAGGAUGACGAGGUGGAGGUCCUGCAGCAGAUGUUCUUCGGUGUGGUUCUUUGUGCUUUGGCCACUCUGGCUGCUAAGGGAGAUAUGGUCUACACGUCUUUGUUCAUGGGGGCAGUGGCAGCCAUGGCAGGGUACUGGCUGUCUGACCGAGGAGACCGUUUAUUGGAUAACUUCCUGAAGGGAGGGUAG